AUUUAAGUAAAUAAAGAAUAAAAAUAUUAAAUUGAGUGGAAUUCAUAUAUACAAGUAGAAAACAUAUAUGCACUGCAUUUAUUAAUUAAUAGAAUAUAAACUAUAUGAAGAAAGAUGUCAGAUUUAGAAGAAGCAGUGGUUUUAGCGGCAGGUUCCAUGACGGCAAUUUUACUUCAAGCUGCAAAAAUUUGUGCUCAUGAAAGUCGUGGUCGAGUUGGUCGUUUCUUAAGAACUAGAAGAGCCAAGGGAAGAUUUGCAACAGAUUUUGAAGAUAUAGUGAAGUGCGAGAAACGAUUUGUUAAGUACUUUCAUAUGCCAUAUAAAAGUUUUGAAGAUAUUCUACGGCUUAUAGAACCACAUUUACAACCCAAAAAAAGAACUCAUCCCAGAGAUGGAAUUUCUUCCAAAGAAAAACUUGCAGUCGUCUUAGAAUAUUUAGCAUCAGGCACACUUCAAAAACAUGUCGCUUCUGCAUAUAGAAUCAGCAAGCAACACUUUGGUACAAUUUUAAUGGAUGUUUGUAAUGCAAUUAUAAAAGCGUUAAAAUUUGAAAUUCCAAAACUAACCCAGGAAAAUUUAAAAGAAACUGCUAAAACUUUUACUAAAUGCAAUUUUCCUAACUGUGUGGGUGCUAUGGAUGGAAAGCAAGUUUUCUUAAAAUGUCCCGGGAAUUCUGGAAAUUUCAAAGGAGUAUUUACUCUUAAUAUAAUGGCUGUUGCAGAUGCUGAUUACAGGUUUACAUAUUUAGAUGUAGGUGCUUACGAUAAACAAAAUGAUUCCUGCAUGUUUAGUGGAAGUUCUAUUGGAGCGGAUAUACUUAAUGAAGAGUUGAAUUUUCCAGGGGAUAUAAAAAUGUCCGACGCGACUUUACCAUCUGUGUUCGUGGCCAGCGACCAAUUUCCCCUUCACCAAAGAAUAAUGACUCCAUAUCCCUCAACGUUACAUAAACAACCGAAUGAAGCUGUAGAAAUAUUCAAUAACAGAAUCAAUAGAGCUCUUUUAUAUGCUAAGAACGCAUUCGGUAUUUUAUGUUCUAAAUUUUAUUGUCUGUCAAAAAAAAUGUUUCGCUGUCCUAAUACAGCCAUAAAAAUUAUAGUCACAUGCUUUCAUUUGCAUAAUUACUUGAUGCGUACAGUGAAACUGCAAUACUGUCCUCCAAAAUACUGGGACAGGUACGAUGACGAUGGUUCAUUCGUAAUAGGAGAUUACUACAAGUACAUACCAGAAAAUUCGCUGUUUUUUACAAACUUCAAUUCAACGGAUAUGAAUAAGAAAUAUAAGUCUGGUGACGACGUAAGAAACAUUUUAAAAAGAUUUUUCAAUUCCGAUGCAGACUCAGUAAUGAAUUAAAACAAACAUUUUAUUCUUAAAUUAUGCAUUUCAAAUAUAGUUAAAAUU